UCAGUUUGUUUUCGACUGACUACAAAUGAUCUGGGUUUCUAAUCAAAAGACUGAAUAUUCACAUUGAAACUGCACAUUUCUUGCCAUUAUCAUAAUAUAGGGAGUGGAUUUAUAUGUUUUGUUUUUCUUUUGUUCUUUCUAAUUCUUGUCUCAGGUUGAAGAAGUAAAGUGCCCAGUAUUAAAAUUUAAAGAUUGGCGCCAGCUAAUGGCACCAACUGGUAUCUCAGUCUAUAAAGAUGCCUAUACAGAUUUGCACCAACCAGCUGUUAUAAUUGGAGGAUGCUUUGCACUUGUAGCUGUAGUGCUCUCAAUUUUCCUCAUUUUCCAACAUCUCAGAUCAUAUACCAACCCUGCGGAACAAAAAUGGAUCGUAGCAGUUCUUUUCAUGGUUCCUGUCUAUGCUACCGAGUCCGUAAGAUUAUUUCAUUGUGGAAUCACAAGUUUUCUCUUGUGUGUGACAUUUUAAGAAAUUGCUAUGAAGCAUUUGCCUUGUAUGCAUUCGGAAGCUAUUUGGUUGCUUGUUUGGGUGGAGAAAAGAGAGUCAUUGAACUUCUUGAAAAUGAAGCUCAAAAACGGCUUAGUCAGACAUUGCUAGAAGAAUUGGACGAGAAUCAAGGUGUACACCAGAGGUCAUUUAUGAACUUUUUCUGCCGGCCAUAUAUUAUUGGAAGGGAUGCAUUUACAAUUGAAAAAUUCGGUCUUGUACAAUAUAUGAUUCUCAAGACUUUAUGUGCAUUUCUGGCAUUCUUGUUGGAACUCUUCGGGGUUUAUGGUGAUGGCGAAUUCAAGUGGUACUAUGGAUAUCCAUAUAUAGCAGUAGUGCUGAACUUCAGUCAGAUGUGGGCAUUAUAUUGUCUUCUUCACUUCUAUAAUAUAAUGCAUGAAAGACUUAGACCAAUAAAGCCACUCUCGAAGUUCAUAAGCUUCAAGGCUAUUGUGUUUGCUACAUGGUGGCAAGGUGUGGACAUUGCUCUAUUGUGUGCUUCUGAUAUUCUGCCCAAUGAGGGAAAAUUCCGGACAGGAUUGCAGGAUUUCCUGAUUUGUAUAGAAAUGGCCAUUGCAGCUGUUGCCCAUGUAUUUGUGUUUUCAGUGGAGCCAUAUCACUAUGUUCCUGCUUCUGCUUAUGGAAGAGUCGCCAAUGAAACAGCCAAAGUGGAUUUGAAGGUGGAGGAAGGUGAUGAGGAGAAACCAGCUGUGCUGGAAAAGACAGAACCUCAGGUUGAGGCUCCUGGAACAAGUGUCACUGAGAGUGUCCAGGAUAUUGUUCUUCAAGGUGGUCAAUCUGUUGUCAAAGAUGUUGUAUUGACUAUAAAUCAAGCAAUAGGACCUGUAGAGAAAGGUGUGACAAAGAUUCAGGAAACUUUUCAUUGGAGAUCAGGUGGUUCAGAAGACAAGGAAGACUCAGAGUUAAAAGUGGAAGAGCAACUGGAAAAGACGGGCAUGCCAAACUUUGAAGAAAGAAGAUAAGGAAAUGAAAGGAAAAGAGAAAAGAAUUGUAAAUGGGAAAGCUAGUAUUCGAAGUGAUCAUCAAGUAUGGUGCUGCCACUCUCCACCUAGAUCUUCUGUGAAGCUUUUGCGUGGCUGACAGGAGAAGGUGGACUUGCGAAGAAACUGAUGGAGCUUUCUUUUCUACUGAAUUGUAUGCGGUUGGGUGCUAAUAUGUUUAGCUCAAAGUUUUGAGGAUUUAGUUGCAAAUAAAAAAAGUCUUUAAUACA